AUGGCGAAUCAUUUUACCCCUAUGUAUAUCCCAACCACUUCGGACCCAGACAUUGUCAUAGUUACUGCUACAACGCUAAAAGAAUUCAGAGGUGAACUGACUUUUGCCACCACCGCAGCAAGCAAAAUUUAUGGUAAUCUUAAAAUGGACAACAUCACCUCCUUGCUUCAUAAGUUCUCAAAAAAGUCAGUUGAUGUACAAACUAUUGCGAGUGCAAACGCAAGUAACGUUCCCAUUGCACAAGCUAUGUUUGAAAACAGGAUGACUGUUGCAGAGUUAGUAGAUUCUGACUGGAGUUCCGACACAGAGAAAGUUGAAUCUUCAAAUGGUGUCUACACAUGCCAGAAGUGCAACAAACAAUGCGACUUACCGUUGGUUAUGUUUAAGAUACACAUUAAGGUCACGGAUAAUGGUGGGAUGACUAUUUUGGUCCUGUUUAAUAGGGUUGCGGAAAAACUUCUUGAUAUUUCUGCUCACAAGUUGGUUAACCAAUUGUCCAAAAGUGAGACUGAUAUACCGUCCCAGAUUCAAAGUCUUUGCAGGAUGGACUUGGUCUUCAAACUAAAAUUGAGCAGUUUCAAUUUGAAAGAGGAGCUGGAAAACUAUACAGUCACAAAAUCUGAUGUUUUCCCUUCACAAUCCAUUCAUUACCACAUUCUUCUCACAUUAGCAUGGAAAAGAGAGAGAUACUACUAUCAAGAUUUUGACCCUUGA